AUGCCGGGGGCCGCCCCCACAACCCAGCGCCUCUGGCUCUGCGCGGCCGUCCUGGGGUGCCUGGCGGCGGCAAGGCCCCGUCGGAGAGUUCCUGAAUGCUCUCCUGGUGGACAUCAGAUCCUACAGAGCCCUUACCGAAGCGUUGAUUUUGAUUCAUCCUACCUCCAGCAGUCAGCUAUUCAGGAUUUAAUAUGUGACCAUUCCUUAACACCAGGAUGGUAUCGCUUUAAGAUUUUUGAUAAGCCUGCUGAGAUGCCAACCAAAUGUGUGGAGUUAAAUCGCUGUGGUACUCAAGCCCCUGUCUGGCUGUCUCUGAGGGAGUUGGAAUCCAUGCCUCGACCUGGGGAGAUCAAACAGUUAACAGCUUGUGCUACAUGGCAGUUUUUCUUCAGCACUGCAAAAGACUGUUGUCUUUUCCGAAUCCCUGUCCGUGUGAGGAACUGUGGAGAUUUCUUUGUUUAUUUACUGCAGCCCACCCAAGGAUGCAUGGGGUAUUGUGCAGAAGGUAAACUGGCUCCUUCAUCUGCAUCUGUGCCACCACCACCACCAGCCAUUCCUGAAGUUACACCAGAGUUAAUUAAAGGCAGCAUUUACCUAAAGUGCACCUUUGGUGUUCCUUUUGGAAACAGCUCAGUCGGAUUCAUUGUAACUUGGUCAAGACUCUCUCCUGAAGGUGUCAAAGAAGAACUGAGACAUGAGACAGCCGUUCAUACCUUCUCACUUCUAGAACUGGAUGGGAUAAACGUCAGACUUGGAGACAGAGUCUACUGCAGCAGUUCUGCUUUUUUCAUGGAGGAGCCAGAAAUACAAAGCUUUUCUGUUGAGAGCAAGGAAUUUUUUGCUGGCAUUAUGAUACAUCCAGAAACAUAUGAUAUAUCAGAAGAUGGGAAGGAAUACAAACUGGUGAUAGAAAGUAGCAUUCCUAUUCCUUGUCCUGAAUUUAGUCAGUUUGAAAGUGACUGCAAAAUCUCACUGACAUUGAAUACUGUUGAUAAAGGUAAGUAUUAUCCUGAUUUUUAUUACAUUUUCUGUUUAAUGUGCUUUUCUAAAUAUUACAGCUUGUCUGCCUCUUUCGAGAAGCUUUUACAUUUUAAAAUACUUUCUAAAACAUUAAAACAAAAUAUUGACAGACUGUAUAUACUGCUGCUAACAAUUACAGUAAAGGAUCUACCCACUGCCUACUGCUACUCGUUUACUGACCCUCAUAUAAUUACGUUUGAUGGAAG